AUGCCAGAGUUGCGAAGUGGUGCUCGGAGAUCAAAACGGCUAGGUGAUCUUCAGGCUGCACCUCAACCCGUUGACCAAGUAGAGAAUUUUCUCUUGCCUACUCAGAAACAAACCAGAAGGAGAGCUGCUGGAGGAGGAAGAGGAAGGGGUUGUAAUGUCACAGCUGUAGCAAAAGGGCCAUCAGCAGCGGUACCUGCCAGGCCAACAGCUGCGGGUAGGGGCAGGGGGAUUAGGCUGAUAGAUUUAGACCCAGAGCCACCUUGUGAGGUUCUUCCAGAAGCUGCUGCCGUCGGGGCAGGUGAACCGGUUUUUAAUAGAAUUGACGGAGUCGCAGGUAAAGAUAUUGCAAUGGAUGGUGGAAGUGCAGACAAAAUAGUGGGAGUUGAGGAAGAAGCAAGCACAACUCCCGUACCUGAAAGGGUACAGGUGGGGGGCUCUCCUGUAUAUAAGACAGAAAGGAAGUUGGGUAAGGGAGGUUUCGGCCAAGUUUAUGUUGGCCGAAGGGUAAGUGGUGGCACCGAGAGAACAGGACCAGAUGCGACUGAGGUUGCAUUGAAGUUUGAGCACAGAAAUAGUAAGGGUUGCAACUAUGGGCCUCCUUAUGAGUGGCAAGUGUACAACACGCUGAAUGGAUGUUAUGGCAUUCCAUGGGUCCACUACAAAGGUCGCCAAGGAGAUUUUUACAUUCUGGUGAGAGAUGUUUUAAACAAAUAUUUGGAAUAUGGAAAUUUUCAGGUAAUGGACAUGCUUGGACCUAGUCUUUGGGAUGUUUGGAAUUCUUUAGGCCAGUCGAUGUCACCAACUAUGGUGGCUUGCAUUGCGGUGGAGGCUAUAUCAAUUCUUGAAAAGCUUCACUUGAAGGGGUUUGUGCAUGGAGAUGUGAAGCCAGAGAACUUCUUACUUGGUCAACGUGGAAGCCCUGAUGAGAAGAAGUUAUAUCUCAUUGAUCUUGGUUUGGGUAUGCCAUUUUUCUUCUUGUCUUCCAUUUUGGUCCCUCUGUCCACCUUGAAAUACCAACAUUAUUAUGCUGUGUUAAGCAAAUACUUUGAUGCUAGGCGACAUUUUAAUGGAUUGUUAUCAUGCUAUGCCUGCGCUUCUAGAUGGAAAGAUGCGUCAUCUGGUCAGCAUGUCGAAUAUGAUCAGCGGCCUGAUAUAUUCAGGUUUGUCAAUUUCAUAAUGGGCACAAUUCGAUAUGCGAGUGUGCAUGCACAUUUAGGUCGGACAGGGAGUAGAAGGGAUGAUCUAGAAUCAUUGGCAUAUACAUUGAUAUUUCUUAUCAAGGGAAGGCUACCGUGGCAAGGCUAUCAGGCGAGUUGGCAUUGGUGCUUCAUAUUUAUUCUCCUUCUAUCUUUGUUUUGGAAAAUACAGGGAGACAACAAGAGUUUUCUUGUCUGUAAAAAGAAGAUGGCUACUUCUCCAGAGUUGAUGUGCUGCUUUUGUCCUGCUCCAUUUAAACAGUUCCUUGAAGCUGUUACAAAUAUGAAAUUUGAUGAGGAGCCAAAUUAUUCCAAGCUGAUAUCUUUCUUUGACAGUCUUAUUGAACCAUGCACGUCACUGAGACCAAUAAGAAUUGAUGGAGCUCUCAAGGUUGGGCAAAAGCGGGGGAGAUUGCUUAUAAAUUUGGAAGAUGACGAGCAACCAAAGAAGAAGGUACGACUGGGUAGUCCUGCUACUCAAUGGAUAUCGGUUUAUAAUGCACGGCGCCCCAUGAAGCAGAGAUAUCACUACAAUGUUGCAGACUCAAGACUCUAUCAGCAUGUACAGAAGGGUAAUGAAGACGGUUUAUAUAUCAGCUGUGUGGCUUCAGCUGCGAAUCUUUGGGCACUAAUCAUGGAUGCAGGAACAGGUUUCGGUUCCCAAGUUUAUGAGCUUUCCACUGUCUUCCUUCAUAAGGAUUGGAUCAUGGAACAGUGGGAGAAGAAUUAUUACAUCAGCUCCAUAGCUGGUGCAGCUAAUGGCAGUUCCUUGGUUGUUAUGUCUAAAGGACGUGCACUAUCUGGUGUUGGUUGGGUGGUUUAG